AUGGGGUUGCCCGCUGCAGCGCUGAGUGGACAGCCCUGCAGGGUCGCAGCAGCGGUCAGUGCAGACACCGGCAGUACAGACGCUUUUCUUCCCAUCUUCCAGUUCCAUGAGGUGCUCAGGUUGUGGAUCAGCCUGUUUGACAAGGAAGUCUCUCUCCCCGUUUGCACCCAGGCAACCGCGUCUCGACCCUUCUUUUCUUUCUCUUUUCCUCUUCAUGUCCGCUAUCCAAAGCGCGAUUCUCGCUUUCUGAGGACUCCCUCGCAACCACACACAGUAGCAAGCAAAGAAGGUUCCUUUCGGGUGGCACCACGCGGCUCAACUUACAGCAGACGUGCAACCAUGGCGCCGGCUUCCCUGUCCGCGCUUCCGAAUGAGCUCCUGGAGUUCAUCAUCGAGGACCUCGACCGCCUCAAGGACAUUGCAUCCCUUGCGCGCACCGACAAGCGGCUCUAUGAUGCGGCAAACUCCUAUCUCUACCGGCGCGCCGCCGAGCGUGGUGAUGCAUGGCCGCUGGCCUGGGCCGCGCAGUGCGGCAUGGUCAAGACGCUUAAAAUGGCACUCGCCGUCGGUCUCGAUCCAAACAUCCAGCUUGUUGAUCAACUUCCGUCCAGUGAAUGGCAAAAGGCCACUGCCACGGCCAAGAGCGCUGCCCUUGGGAAUGCCGAUGACUGUGUGUGGGAAUCUGACAACGAGUGCGAGUCCAAUGCCGUGGUGGAGUGGUCCCUCGACGCCGAAGAGAGCGACCAUGCCACCACCCUCGAUACCAACCAGCCUUCCAGCAGCAUUGGAGCCUCGGACCAUUGGGGCCACGCCGAGGAUUCCGAGUCGGAUAGCGAGAGUGAUGUGUUGAUGGACGACAUGAUGUCUUCCGACACCGACGAUUCCACCUCGAGCUUCGACGGCCACUACGGAGCAGGUCUUGGCCCGAGGAUUCCCACCCGGAGCCCAGGCACCGUGACCCGUCGGUUUCAUCCCAUCCACCUUGCCGUCAGAGGUGGUCACACGGAGAUCGUCCAGAUUUUGCUCGAUCAUGGAGUGUCGGUCAUCGCCUGCUCAGAAAACUUCUGCGGCUGCACCCACCUAUAUGGUGUCCUCAACGCGCUAGAGUCGCCCGAGAAUUCGCACGUCCCUCAUUGGUCACCCUUACACAUCGCCAUUUGCCAUUCCCGCUCAGAUGUGGCCCAACUUUUGCUGUCUCGCGGGGCAACUCCCGCCAUGGACCUGUGGAAUCCCCAUGGUGAGCAUCGGGGCCUCGAGGAUGGCGCCACAGCUCUGCAUCAUGCAGCCGCCAUGGGCCUGACAGACGUCGUCCGGUACCUUGUGGACAAUAAAAUCCAGACCAACGUGGAUGUCAAGGACAACAAGACGCUAACACCCUUGUAUCAUGCCUACGCCAAUGGCCGGUUCGACUCCACGCUGCCGCUUCUCCUGGAGCUUGGCGCAAACAUCAACGUCGAAACCAAGAUGUACAUCCCGUACACCACCAUCACGCCUUUGGGUGAGGCCUGUCGACUUGGCGCUUUUCAGGAUGUUGACAAGAUGGCCGAGCUAGGAGCGGAUGUCAAUCGUGGCUUCAUACUCACCACUAACGGCGGUGGCUUGUCGCCGCUUCACAUGUGCAGCAUGCCGUCUGCUCGACCGGCAGGCCAGAGUCCUCUCGAUAUUUGCGAGGACGAACGGGCGAUUCCCCGGAUGAGAACAAUGCAAUCUCUGGUCUCUAAGGGCGCCGUAGUGGAUGCCAAGGACUGUUACGGGGACACGCCGCUCAUGGCCGCUGCCCAGCACUGUAACGUACCUGCCGUCAAGGCCCUCAUCAAAGCAGGUGCCGAUGUCCACGCACGAAACGCCAUGGGCCGAACCGCUCUGAUGCAGGCCAUCGUGGGUCCUUCGAACAAGGCAAUGGCUCCGGCCAAGGUGAAUCACAAUGCCCUGGCUCAGACCAUGCGAGCACUGCUCCACGCCGGCGCUCGCAUCGACGAAACCGACCUAGAUGGAAGCUCAAUGCUGCAUCUUCCUUUUAGACGACAGAAAUCGUACGAUGAGCUCCAACUAUUCACCCUGCGCUUCUUUCUCAACCUUCCGGGGAUCGAGAAGCUCUUUUCCAUCACCGACAACCGAGGCUGGACGCCGUUCGUGAACGCAUUCAUGACGCCCAACAUUGCUGCCUGCGAUAUUUUUGUGCGCAAGGGAUGUCUCCGCAGCGGCCUCGAGCCUGAUAUUCUCAAGGAUCUGUUUCGAUAUGCUGUUAAGGAUGCCCCGACGGCUUCCAUGGACAGUCUGCUCGAGAUUGUUUUGGAUCUCGAUACAGACAGGCUGUUGACUUCAGAUCCGUCCUUAUUCAUGACCAUGUUUAACCAGGCAAACCAACGUGCCACUCGAGCAAUGGAGACAAUUGCGCGACGCGGACUUCCUCAAUUCACCCCUGUCGAUUCCACACGUGUCCUGUGCCACGCACUGCGGACGAUGGAGCUGUCAGUCGCUUACUCCCUGAUCGAUGCCGGCGCCAGCGUCAACACUCCCGACGAAUCGGGCGACUAUCCAUUAGCCUUGUUUGUCAAGAACGCCAUCAUGCAGUCUCCAGCUUUGGCCAUGCCGUCGGCUGAGCAGCUUCUGCUCGCUUUUCUUCACCACGACGCCAAUUUCCAUCUGCCCAUUCGCCCCGGCUCGUCUGAGAGGAUCUUGAACCGAGUCAUCGCCUUGGAGGCAGAAGAGGCGCUGACCUUAAUAUUCAAGAUUCAGCCCCUUUCAAACGACCCACGUGCUGCCAACGGCUUUUACUUGCAUGGCGCCCUUUCCCUUGCGGCCGGCCAACGUCUGUGCAACGAGAAGGUCAUUGAUCUCAUCCUCGCAGCGGGCCCAGACUUGACCGAAGUAAACCGGGCAGGAGAUACACCCUUGUCUGUCCUCCUGAAAAGUCUUUGCCGGGAACGACGGUGGACAUGGAAAUAUCACCGCUUCAUCAGGGCUUUGACGAGCCCUGGCUUGGACAUCAAUCGUCAAAACAUUGAUCGCAAGUCUAUUGUAGAUUACCUUGAGGAUCUCAUGCACCCAAAAAAUGGAGGUGCUGGUCAAACCACUUUCUUGACGCGUCGGCUUCGCCUGGUUGACCUUGAGGGAGGCGGCAAAGCGCUCAAGUUCCUGCCUCGUCCACAGAAGAGGAUUAGACCGAGAAACAUUGUGGACUCUUGA